AUGAUGUCAGCAUGGAGCAAUGGCAGCUCCAAUGUGUCCUAUACCAGCUUCCUCCUGGUGGGCUUCCCAGGGCGGCAGGAGUCCCGCAUCUUCCUGGUGUUGCCCUUCCUCAGCCUCUACCUGGUGAUCCUCUCUGCCAACGCACUGGUCAUCCACACAGUGGUGGCCCAGCGGAGCCUGCAUCAGCCCAUGUACCUGCUCAUUGCUCUGCUCCUGGCUGUCAGCAUCUGUGUUGCCACCACCGUGAUGCCUGCCAUGAUGUUCAGCUUCUCCACGCACUUCAACCGCAUCUCCCUGCCUUACUGUCUGCUCCAGAUGUUCUGCAUCUAUUUCCUCAUUGUCUUUGACUGCAACAUCCUGCUGGUCAUGGCCCUGGACCGCUAUGUUGCAAUCUGCUACCCUCUCCGCUACCCCAAAAUAGUGACGGGACAGUUGCUGGCUGGCCUGCUGGGCGUGGCAGCUGCCAGGAGCACUUGCAUCGUCGCUCCGGUGGUGGGGCUGGCCUCCCAGGUUCACUUUUGCUGCUCAGACAUAAUCCACCACUUUGCCUGUGAGCACAUGGCCCUAAUGAAGCUCUCCUGCGGAGACAUCUCCCUGAACAAGACUGUGGGGCUCACUGUCCGCAUCUUCAACAGAGUCCUGGACAUGCUGCUCCUUGGAGCUUCCUACUCCCGCAUCAUCCAUGCCGCCUUCCAGAUUUCAUCUGGCAGAGCUCGUUCCAAGGCCCUGAACACCUGUGGCUCCCACCUGCUGGUCAUCUUCACCGUCUACUCUUCCACCAUGUCCUCGUCCAUCAUCUACCGUGUGGCUCGCACCGCCUCCCAGGAUGUGCACAACCUACUCAGUGCCUUCUACCUGCUGCUUCCAUGUCUAGUAAACCCCAUCAUCUAUGGAGCCAGGACCAAGGAAAUCAGGCAGCACCUGGCAAUUCUGUUCCAAAGGGAACAGCUACCUGCACCCCCUGAGAAGCCCCAGUCUCUGCCCUCACAAGAGGAGCUUCCUGCCUAA